CCUCUUUUCCCUUUUCUCACUCACUCACUAUACUCCUCUGUGAUAAGAUCUUUUGCGACUUUCUUCUCUCUCUUUUUUUCUUCUUCCUCUCUGCUAAACACUAUAAAGAAAGGGAAAAGACUCUGUUUUCGCAGCUGAAAGUUUGCUGCUUUUGAGGUCUCUCUCGCCGUCUUGACCUUGAGAAUAUUUUGUGGGAGGGGGAGCCGCAGCUGCAGCUGCAUUUACUUCUGUGGCUACAGGGAUUGUUUUGCUUUGCUUUGCUACUAUAUAGCUGUAUAUGUUCAGGGCUUGCAUUAAUUGAAAAAGUCCUUUCUUUGUUGCUCAUUUCUUGUAAUCAAGAAUUCUUGAACCGUCGCUAGCUCUUUUAGUCAGUGUAUUGAGACCUCCCCCUUGUGUUGGUUCUUGUUUUGGUAAACGGGUCACUUAUUUGGAGUUGGUUCAAUCAAGGGAGCGUUUUUUCAUUUCUCUGAGAUCUGGGUUCAAGAAAACGACUCAUCAAAAUUAUAAGAUCUGCCAGGAAUUUCUUUGGGUAGAGAAAACCGAAAACAAUGUCGGCCCAGAAACAAGCAGAGGAAGCUAUUGUCUCCAACUUCAAUGAAACUGAACACGAUGGCGGCGGCAAGGAGGAGGAGAAAGUGGAGGAGCACUCCAUGUUCAGCGUCAAAAGCAUGCUCUGGCACGGCGGUUCCGCCUGGGAUGCCUGGUUCAGUUGCGCUUCCAAUCAAGUUGCACAAGUGCUGCUGACACUUCCAUACUCCUUUUCUCAACUGGGAAUGCUAUCUGGAAUCGUUUUUCAAGUAUUCUACGGUCUGGUUGGCAGCUGGACCGCUUAUCUUAUCAGUGUUUUAUACAUUGAGUAUCGAGCUCGCAAGGAAAAAGAAGGUGUGAGCUUCAAGAACCAUGUCAUUCAGUGGUUUGAAGUGCUGGAUGGAUUACUUGGUCCAUACUGGAAAGCAGUGGGUUUGGCCUUCAACUGCACUUUCCUUCUCUUCGGAUCUGUCAUCCAACUCAUAGCCUGCGCUAGCAACAUAUACUACAUAAAUGACCACCUGGACAAGAGGACGUGGACUUACAUCUUCGGAGCCUGCUGUGCCACCACUGUUUUCAUUCCCUCUUUCCACAACUACAGAAUUUGGUCCUUUUUAGGACUCGGGAUGACCACUUACACCGCCUGGUAUCUCACUAUAGCAGCUCUUGUCCACGGCCAGGUUGAAGAUGUGAAACACUCUGGACCAAAAAAGCUGGUCCUCUACUUCACCGGCGCCACCAACAUACUCUACACAUUUGGUGGCCAUGCUGUCACUGUGGAAAUCAUGCAUGCGAUGUGGAAACCCCAAAAGUUCAAGUACAUUUACCUGUUGGCCACACUCUAUGUUUUCACUCUAACCUUACCAUCGGCUUCCGCCGUCUACUGGGCUUUCGGCGAUCAGCUCCUCAACCACUCCAACGCGUUCUCCCUCCUCCCUAAGAACGGGUGGCGCGAUGCUGCUGUCAUUCUUAUGCUCAUCCACCAGUUCAUCACAUUCGGGUUUGCAUGUACACCACUGUACUUUGUGUGGGAGAAGGUGAUCGGAAUGCACGACACAAGAAGCAUAUGUUUGAGGGCGCUGGCGAGGCUGCCAGUGGUGAUACCGAUAUGGUUCUUGGCCAUUAUCUUCCCAUUUUUUGGGCCUAUCAACUCAGCGGUUGGAGCACUUUUAGUGAGUUUCACCGUCUACAUCAUCCCUGCCCUCGCCCAUAUGCUCACUUACAGAAAAGCCUCCGCUCGUCAGAAUGCUGCUGAGAAGCCUCCGCCCUUCAUGCCAAGCUGGGCAGCCAUGUAUGCCAUCAACACCUUUGUGGUGAUCUGGAUCCUGGUGGUUGGGUUCGGGUUCGGUGGCUGGGCAAGCGUAACCAAUUUUGUUAGACAAGUUGACACAUUCGGGCUGUUUGCCAAGUGUUAUCAGUGUAAACCUGCAGCAGGACCCCAGCAGUCAGCCACAGUAGCCCCCCAUCAUUGAUCAAACGGGGUCGGGUCGGGUGGGACAUACUUUCUAGCAAGAAGGAGAAAUGAAACCUUUACUAAUCCGAAGUUCUGUCUCUCUUUCACAUAUAUAUAUAUAUAUUUUUCAUUUGUAAUAUAAAUGGGGGAGAUAGCAAUAUUUCCCUUAUAUGUGAUGUGUGCUUUUGCUUUUUUGUAUUUUUGGUGGUUAUAUUUAGAUAAUGGAAGGUAGAGAGAUGGGUUGAAUUGUGAUGUUUGUGAAGGGAUAGGCUAAUUAAUUUACAGAGUGAAGUAUAAGUUAGUAUUUGGAUUGGGAGCUUAUUAAUGAAUGAAUUGUUGGUUUAGUUGUUAAUGAAAUGAUGAGUUGGGAGGCA